AUGAGAUUUUAUUGAUCACAUUUCAGUAAUUACCUUUGGUACUUUUGAUGUAUAUAUUUUGAUGGUUUGCAGUAAACUUAUGCAGGACUUUGUUAUUACUUUGUUAUUUUCCUGGUGCUAUUUAAUUGAAGUGUGUUGACUCAGCAGUAAUAACAGCAGGCAGCAGCAGGUUGUUGAUGUUGAGUCACUUCCUGCUCUUUUUAAUUUCCUCCUCUGCUGCUGCCGCUGCCGCUCUGUCGACUAUAAUCAAUACUAAUCAAUAGUAUCGAUCUGCCGGGACUGACAGGCUGCAGUGUGGAGCUGUGUUCAGGGAUUUCAGGAGGAUUUCACUGAGUGAGAUUCAUGGCCACAGCAGAUACGAAGCUGGAUGGAUCUGAUGCGUCCAGUUUGCAGUCAGACGAGUCGAGGCUGGGGUCAGAUGAGUCCAGGAUGAGGUCAACGGGUCCCGUGGGCUCCUGGGAGUCGGAGCUGACGUCCAUCCAGCACUCCCUGAAGUUUGUGUUGAAGCUGAAGGAGGAGUUUGUUUGUCCCAUCUGCAGUGGAGUCGUGCUCAACCCCCAGCAGAACUCCUGUGGACACAUCUACUGCUUCCACUGCCUCCAAGGACUGCUGGAGAGUUCAUCACCGUCCAGUCCAGUUUGUCCAGUGGACGGAGCAGUGAUCACACCAGCCGAGGUUUUCCAGGACAACUGCUGCAAACGAGAAAUCUCCAGUCUGGAAGUGUUCUGCACCAACUCCCCAGAAUGCACCUCUGUCAUCACAUUACACCAUCUGCAGGACCACCUGCGGUUGUGUCAGUACGAGCAGCUGCAGUGCACCAACCCAGGCUGCAUGGUGGUGCUGCAGAGGAGAUACCUGCAGGAACACCUGAGCAACACCUGUCCUCAGCGCACCGAGCCCUGCCCAUACUGCAGGCAGCCUCACCAACUCAGCCUCAUCCAGGAUCAUGUGCAGAGCUCGUGUCCAGAUGUGGCGGUGGACUGUCCCAACAGCUGCUCCCAGAAGGUUCCCAGACACAAACUGACAGAGCACAGAGAGUCGUGUCCUGAGGUUCUCGUCGAUUGUUCCUAUAAGAAGUUCGGCUGCUCUGUACAGGAUAAACGAGGGAAAGUGAAACUGCAUGAAGACGCUGCUGUCAAUCAUCACAUGCUGCUGGUGCUGAGGAGCAACACCAACCUGGAGCAACAGGUGGGGGUUCUGCAGGAGGAGGUGCUGCUCAGGCAGCAGGAGGUCCAGACAGACAGUUUACUGCUCACUGGUCUGCAGAAGAAAAUCAGACCGCUGCUGCAACAGAGCAGCCACCAUGAGAAUGUCAUCUCCACAGCUCAGAGGACUCUCAGCAGGCAGGAGGACGUCCUGUCCACUGUCCAGCUCGAAGUCCAGCAGGUGUCUCGGGGACUUCCUGGUCUGGAGGAGCUGGAGCAGCUCAGAAAGUCUCUGGACGCCGUGAUGCAGGAGGUGUCGGCAGCCGAGGCCCUCAGAGAACACCUGGGGACUCUGGAGGAGAAUCUGAAGCAUCACUCGGGUCUCCUGGAUCUCCACACCGCUCAGCUCAAUCGCAAUAAGCAGCACCUGCAGGAGCUCGAGGCCACGUCCUACGACGGCAAAAUGAUCUGGAAGAUCCAGGACUUCAGGAAGAGGAGGGACGCUGAGGCCGGAGGUCAGCAGCCGUGCCUGAGCAGCAUGCCAUUCCACACCGGACGCUGCGGCUACAAAAUGGCCAUCAAGGCCUACCUGAACGGGGACGGCGAGGGAAGGGGGACCCACCUGUCCCUGUACGUGGUCCUGAUGCCGGGAGACUUCGACGCUCUGCUGCAGUGGCCUUUCAAACAGACAGUGACUCUCUCUGUUCUGGAUCAAAGUGGUGCCGGUAACCACCGGAGUCUCAGCUUUAGACCGGACCCUGUGUCCAAAAGCUUCCAACAACCUGCGGCCGACUCUGUGAGCAACGUCGCUGUUGGAUUUUCAUGCUUCAUUUCUCUCAACAAGCUUGAAACGCCCCAGAACGCCGUGUACGUCAAAGAGGACACUCUGUUUGUCAAAGCUAAGGUGGACAUGGCAGGUUUAGAGCACCUGUAAGAAUUCAUCAUGUCAUCAAGUCAUCAUGGAUUGAUUCAUUACUUUGGACUUUCGACAUCUGGUGGUCAACGCAGGAAUUGCACUCUGAAAAAAAAAACAAUGCACUCACUUUUAUUGUCUUGUUUUUCUACAGGAUAAGCAAUCAGAACAAUUUGAAAGAAAUGUAAACACAUGAAAAGCUCUACACCAAGUAACUAAAGGAGCAGUCCACCAUAUUAGGAAAUGCUCUUACCUGUUUUCUUGUUGGGAGAAAAAGUCAAUAUGAAGCCUUGAUGUUACUCUACAAAGGAGGUGGAUGUGGACCUGUGGUCAAAAGUGGAUGUGACCAACAAACUGUGCUCAAAACAAACAUCCAGUUUACUUGUGGUUGCAGGGUGGACAAUCCAUCUGGCCACAAAGUUGGGGCUGUAAACGGACAUCCACAAAGGGGUCAUUUAUAGACAAGACAUAAGAUGUUAGUCAGUGAGCACAGGAGGUGUUGGUAGGUGAAUUUUGUUACCUUAGGUCAGAACUAGCCUAGCUGUUUCCCCUGUAUCCGGUCUUUAUGCUAAGCUAAGCUAACUGGCUGCUGGUUGCAGCUUCAUAUUUAUUGUAGAAACUUGAGAGUGGGAUCAAUUUGAAUGUCUAACUCUCAGCAACAAAGAGAAGAAAUAUAUUCCCUAAAAUGUUUAACUAUUGCUUUAAGAUACAGGAUUGUCUCAGGGAUCGUUUUAUGGAGGUUUGAAAACUGACAAAGACUAAAGUUACUUUAUCGACUGAUUGUCUGAGUGAAGCGAUUACCUCCACAGAGGUUACAUUUUCACCAGUGUCUGUUUGUUGGUUUGUUAGUUUGUUUGUUUAUUUGUCUGUAUGAUUAUGCAAAAGGUACUGAACUGAUUUGCACCAAACUUGGUGGAGGGACGGGGAAUGGGCCGGAGUUAUCUGAGGUUAUCUGAUAUUGAACAGAUUAGUAUUCAUCUGGAAUUAAAUUAGUUGUUAUCUCAUAAUUACACAUGGUUUCAUCAUGUCAGCCUGGAUUCAAAGAAUAGAAUCAUCAUUAAGUCAUUAUCUUUGAAGAAAGGAAUUAUUUAUUUUAGGAGAUUCACAGGAAGUUAAAGUGGCAGCUGCUCUAACACUGUGCUGUACUACUGCAAACAGAUCUGACUUCAUUAUUGUUCAGGAUGUUUUAAUUCUGCAGCUACACCAGAAUCAGUUCAAUCUACAAGUACUACUUCCAUUAUGGAGUCUCACUCAAAGAUAUACCUCAAAACUGUCAAAAUCUAUUAACAGGGCUGAACAGCAGAUAAAGAGUAAGGAAAGAAGAAAACAUGAGCCAGAUGAAAAGACAUGAGUGAUAACAUCAUGGAAUCUGAAAAUGCUGACUGAUUUGGGAUAGUUUUAGAUUAUCAUCAUUAUAUUGUUGCUAUAAAAAGACAUAGAGAUUAUGUUGCAGGAAUCCAGAGAGAAAACAUGGGUUUGCCAACAACGAGGUACUUAAAGGUACUUUUAUGAAUAAGUGUGAUAAAGGUGGUUUCUUUUUCUUUACGUAUGUUCUACUUACAUCUCUCAGACGCUGCAGAGGUGUUUGUCUUAUCCUCUUCACCUAACAGCAUCUCACUGUCUGCUGUGAAAACUUUUUGAGUGACAUGAACAUAAAUUUGUUUCAAAUAUCACCCACCCAUGCAACAGUGUGCAACCUUCCAGAGAUUUUUAUAAAAAGAACUUACCUGGCAAAAGAAAUAGGGCUGGAUAAAACUGAAGGAAAUACACCCAUCACCAUGUUGUUUUAUUCACCUGUGUUUAUUUUUUUAAUUUUUGUCGAUUUACAAAAACACAAAAAAAAUAAAGAUUUAUUGGAAAAAGAA